CGCCAAUCGUCCGUGAUGUUCCACGCGAGAACUGUCGCAACGUCCUGCCGCGUCGCUAAAACAUCGCCGUUUGCGUGGUUACGACACGCCGCCGAUUCCGAUGGAGUGUCCGCGCGGUCGAUGGGCGAUCGCGCCGCCAGUCGUGGUCAAGUAUCGCGCGAAGUCAUGCACGACAAUUACCUGAGAAUACUCGAGAAGUGCAAGUCAAAAAAACUUCCUCAAGAUGUAAAUCCCAAAGGUGUGUUCGCUUGCAACGAGCUUGACUUGAAGGAGGUCCAGGUCUAUGGAUUCGAUUACGAUUACACGCUGGCGUGUUACAAGCCGUCUUUAGACUACCUUCUUUACAAUCUGGGACGUGACAUGCUCAUUAAAAAGUAUAAGUAUCCGGAGGGCAUUGCUGAUCUAAAGUACAGGGAAGACUUCGCCGUUCGCGGCCUUCAUUACGACAUCGAAAAAGGUCUCUUGUUGAAACUCGACAGCUUCUUGCAAAUUCAAUUGGGCACCGUUUAUCGCGGUUUGCAUCGCGUUCCCGACGACGAGGUCCUUCGAAUUUACAAGAACAGAAUAAUGCCGAUUGCGUACGUGGAGGCGCACAAACACCCUCACGACGGUUUGCAGCAAACCAAAAUGGUUCAGUUAGCCGAUUUGUUCUCGGUACCGGAAAUGGGACUCAUGUGCAAUGUGACGGAAUACUUUAUACGAAAUCACAUCGAUUAUCACCCGGAAAUACUGUUUAGAGACGUCAAGAAUUCUGUGCAAACCUGCCAUCCUAUAAUGCAUCGGCUGGUGGAAGAAAAUGUGUCCGAGUACUUGGAACAAAAUAAAGAUCUGAGGCGAUUUUUCGAACGGCUACGAAAUGUCAACAAGAAAAUGUUCCUGGUCACGAACAGUCCUUUCCAUUUUGUAGACAAGGGUAUGAAAUUUUUAGUCGGAGAUAAUUGGAAGGAUUAUUUCGACGUGGUGAUCGUUCAAGCGAGAAAACCGAAGUUCUUCACCGAUGAGUCGCGCCCCUUGAGAAUCUAUGACGAAGUUAACAAAACGCAACUGUGGGAUCGGGUCACCAAACUCAACAAGGGCGUCAUAUAUCUCGAGGGAACGGUGAAACAGCUUCAAGAUAUGACCGAAUGGCGAGGGCAUCAGGUAUUGUAUUUCGGCGAUCAUCCUUACAGCGACUUGGCGGAUGUGACGUUGGAGCACGGCUGGCGAACGGGAGCUAUAAUCCAGGAAUUGACGCACGAAAUCGAGACUCUGAACGAUCCGAAGUUCAAGGAAAACGCGAACUGGCUGCAAAUGUUAACCGGUCUGAUCGAGGAACAUCAGGAUUACGAGGGUCCGGACGUGCAGGACGUGCUGGACGAGUGGAUGAAGGAGCGGGACCAAUUGAGAAACGAGAUCAAGUCCGUCUUCAACAAGCAAUUCGGCUCGGUGUUUCGAACGUAUCACAAUCCGACUUACUUUUCCAGAAGACUGUUUAGAUUUGCCGACAUCUACAUGAGCUCGAUCACGAAUCUCUUAGAAUACUCCACGAGUCACACCUUUUAUCCUAGAAGAGGUGUGAUGCCUCACGAGUACACGAGUUACUUCGUGUAAAGUAUCAGACGCGCAAAUAUCUCUAGAGGAAAAACGAAAUAAAUAUUUUUGUCGUGUUCGUACGUGAGUAAGAAUCGCUUUUUUUUAGAAGAGCGUACAAUCAAAAGUACAUCGAGAUUAUAUUUUGACGAUGAGAAAGAGAACGCUAACAUAGUAUUUGCCGUGAUGUAUUCAACGUCGUAAUGUAGAAUCUACAAGUGUCGACUAUUUGUCCCACGGAAAAUGUCAAUAUUGUUAUUUACGUGUUCAUACUUACGUUGUGUGUACGCGUAACUAAUAAUAAUGACUCUAUCGAUCACCGUUAAUUACAACCGUUAAUUAGAGUUUGUCUUGCAGCUGCGUAGUUACAGCUCAUUUGCACUGAAAUGUAUGUAAACACGAUAGAGUUGACGGACAUAUAAAUCUAUACGAUGUUUUUGCACACAUAUACACACACGUUACAAUCACACAUAUCACACGUUGAACAAAACGAGAGAAUUAACAAUACUAUGACAAUAUUGUAAAGUGAUGUAUUUUAUGUUGUGUAAUGAAAACAUCGCAUAUAGUGUAGAAAACGAAGCAGAGAAUCUGAGCAGUUUACCUCAAGAAAAGUAUUAUUGAGCCGUGAAACCACUCGUUAGGUAGUUUAAGAAAUUGCUAGGUUUUUCAUUAGUAUUUGGUUUUUAGACGAUUAAAUGUGCGCAUAGAAAGAAAUAUUGUGCUUUUGCGCAACUAGAUUGCGAAAAAGAGAUUUGAAGAGAAAAUGCCAUUUAGAUCGUUAAUAUUUAAUUAUAUUUUCAAUGAGAUUUUUAUUAUAAUGCAUUAACGAAUUUAUUUAAGAUAUGCAAUUAGCAACGAAACUUUAGGGAUACAUGUAAAAAAUGUGAAAGUAUUUACACAACCAAGUGCGAAAAAGGAACUCAUGCAAAACUUAUACAUCUCUUAAUUUAAAAUUGAUAUUAUUUUGUCUUCCUCUUUUUUUUUCUUUUUUCUUUGCGAAAUAUCUU